GGAAACGCGCCUCAACGCAUCGGCACAGCUUAGAUAUACAGCUUUACUCUACGGGAAAUAAAUUUUGUAAAGAUGCAAAGAUAUCCAAAAGAAUAUUGAAGAAAUCAAAAAUAAUGCAAGAAUAAAAGCAUGGCAAGAUUGAUCGUAAGAAGGCCACUUGAUUGGCAUUUUUACGCCUUGCCAAGCUUGUCAUAGUGAUCUAACCCCGAUCAUGAGGCUUGUGUGGGGCAAAAUCUCGAUGCCCCUUCAAGGCGAUAUAGAUGACACACAUUGGCGUCUUAAUUGCAAGUCAUACGAAGCCAGGAAGGGCUGUGUUUCUCUUUUGGUUGAAAGAUAUAAAUAUCACUACUAAUUUCUCGAUGCAAAUCACCCACUUCUUAUCAUUAAAGUUCAUCACAGCGCUGGAUCGCUGUUCAAGAUUUGAAUUUCACUUCAGUUUCAUUAUCAUUCAAAACCCAAGCAUGAGAGUAUUCUAUUUAUUCUUUCUCUUUUUAUUCUUAUCGAUGACUCUAACCGAUGCAGUACCAGCUAAUGGCAAGAUUCGUUCCAUGCUUGGUAUUGGGAAGAAGAAAGCAGCACCGGCUCCUGCUCCUGCUGUACAGAAAAAACCUUCCUUUUCAGAUCCCGCACCAAACAUUCCAAAAUCUCCAACGGCAGGUGCAACGACACAUAAAUCGUCUGGUGAAAAUGUGAAAAAUUUCCAUGGAAAAAUUGAUAAAGCACUAAAUACGGCUGAUGCACAAAGGAGAAAAAAUCAAAGCGCAGGUAAUCAGGCAGGCGUGAAUGCGAAUCGAAGAACGGAACAUUAUAUGGCCCACAAUAGGAAUGAAGUCACAAAAGCCUCAAAUAGUGGUGAUAAGAUUGCAGUAUCCAGAUCACCAUCUGGUCGUAAUGAUUUAUAUCAUGCGGUUCCACGAGGUUAGCCAAGGUAUUGAAAUACUAUAAUGUUGUAUCAGAAGUGGGUUUC